AUGAUACAUGCUUCUCAAGCAAACACUGAACAACAUCGGUUCCAUACAGUAGUAAUCUUUGGUGACUCCCUUUCGGAUACCGACAAUGUUUUUAAUUUGACAAAUGGCACAUGGCCUAUCUCACCGGCAUACUAUCAAGGUCGAUUUAGUGACGAUCUUAACUGGGUAGAUAGAUUGAGAGUAUCGAAUGUAAAGAAUUAUGCUUAUGGAGGUGCAACAACCGACAAUGUAGUAGUUCAAGGAUACACAAAAUUAGAUACAGUACCUGUGCCCGGCAUUCGACAACAAAUUGAAAUCUAUAUAAACAGUACUAGAGAACAAACUAUUGAUUUCGCACAUACACUCUAUAUCGUGUCAGGUGGUGGCAAUGAUUUUGUUUUCAGUAAGAUUCCAAAUCCAUUUGCAGUUGUUAACGGUUUGGCAAAUGCAGUCGAUGAUUUGGUCGACUUUGGUGCGAAACAUAUUCUUGUUUUCAAUCAAUCGCCCGCCCAAGCUUUUCCAUACAUUCACGCGCUCGGUAUUGACUUCAUUUUUAAACAACUUACAUUUCUAUUCAAUAGUACGCUUUCACUUCGUCUUAAAAUAAUUCAGAAAAGCAACCCAGAAGUUUCAUUGAAAGUGUUUAAUCUGUAUUCGAUCAUCAAGAAAAUUAUUGAUAAUGAAUCGGAACAAUUUACAAAUACUGUCGAUCCAUGUUGGGAUACUGUAAAUGGUACUUCUGUUGUUAUGCACUGUUCAGAUCCAUCAAAAUAUGUGUUUAUUGAUAAGUUUCAUUUUACAUCCAGUGUACACAAAAUUAUCGCUGAUAGUGUUAAUGAUUUCAUUUUAAAGGAACAGUUUUCAUUUCCAUAUCCUUCCAUUUAA